AUGGCAUCUGGUGUUGACUUAUGGGUAAAUGACAAGUUGUAUGACAUCCUGGGUAUAUCUGAUAAGUACAUUUCCCAGUACUUUGUGGGACUGGCAUCAAAGUCUGAAAGUCCUGGCGAGUUUAUACAGCGACUCAAAGAUACAGGCACUGUUGACGUUGAUGAUAAAGUGUCAGCAUUUGCUUUGGAGUUGUUUCAUAAGGUUCCACACAAAGGGAAGAAAGAGAAGACCUUGACACUAGAGCAAAGAAAGACACGAGAGUUGGAGGAAAAGAACAAAACAUAUCAGCUGCUGGAUGAAGACGAUGACUCGGAUGAUGAUUCUGAUGAUGCUGAAGUUGAAACAUUUAAGGCCUCAAAGUUUACAUCGCGGGGCAAAAAUCUUCGAAAGAGGCGAAAAGCGUCUGAAAGUAGUGAGGAAGAAAUACCCCAGACAAAUCUUGAUGCUGACCAAUCAUCAGAAGAAUCUGAUUCAAGUGAUGAUUCAGACCCUGAUCAUGAAAGAAAACAAGAUCUGAAAGAAAGAGAUGAGUUUGCUAAACGGCUAAGGGACAAAGACAAAGACAAAACAAGAAAUAUUAUGUCAAAAUCGGAUAAGAAGGCCUUUGAAGAAGCUAGAAAGAGAUUGAAGUUAGAGCAGGAAGACCGCAAGAAAAUAAUUCCAGAACUAAGGGUAAAGUCCAGAAGAGAUUAUCUUAAAAAGAGAGGGAAAGACAAGCUGGAAGAUUUGGAAGCUGAUAUUGCUGAGGAGGAAUAUUUCUUUUCAGGAGCAAAAUUAACAAAGAGAGAACGUGAAGACCUGGAAUACAAGAAAAGAGUCUUGAAACUGGCAAAGGAACACAAAGAAGCAGGCGAAGUUGAGAAAGUUGAUCGCUACUACAUACCCCGGGAUGAUGUGAAACCUCAGGAGAAGUAUGUGGAAGACAGGUUAGAGAAAGGGCAGGGUUCGGAACAAAGCAGGUGGGAGGAAGAGCAUUUGAACGCUGCUCUGCUGAAAUUUGGUGCCAAAGAUGCAAAGGAGAAGAAAUCAAAGAAAUAUGAAGUGAUCAUGGAUGAGGAAAUUGAGUUUGUUCAGACCCUGAAAAUGCCAGGAACCAUCAAAGAUAAGGAAAGCUCAAGGGCUGUCAAAGAAGAAAAGAAAAUGUCUAUUGAAGAGACCAAGAAAAGCUUGCCUAUCUACCCGUUCAAGCAAGAUCUGAUACAAGCUGUUCGAGACCACCAGAUUCUGAUCAUCGAGGGGGAGACUGGAUCAGGCAAAACUACUCAAGUACCACAGUACCUCCAUGAAGCUGGAUUCACCAUGAACAACAAAAAAGUUGGCUGUACACAACCCCGAAGAGUUGCUGCAAUGUCCGUUGCAGCUCGCGUUGCACAGGAAAUGGGCUGGAAGCUGGGUAAUGAAGUCGGAUACAGCAUUCGUUUUGAAGACUGCACUUCAGAAAGGACCAUUCUAAAGUACAUGACAGAUGGUAUGUUACUGCGAGAAUUCCUGAGUGAACCAGAUUUGGCCAGUUACAGUGUGCUUAUUGUUGACGAGGCUCACGAAAGGACACUCCAUACCGAUAUUUUAUUUGGCCUAGUUAAAGACAUUGCCCGAUUCAGACCAGACCUGAAGCUGCUCAUCUCUAGUGCAACACUUGAUGCACAAAAGUUUUCAGAAUUCUUCGAUGAUGCUCCUAUUUUUCGGAUUCCAGGUCGGAGAUAUCCUGUGGAUAUUUACUAUACCAAAGCUCCUGAAGCGGAUUAUUUGGAUGCUGCUGUUGUAUCCGUGUUACAGAUCCACGUAACGCAACCUACUGGAGACAUUCUUGUCUUCCUUACUGGUCAAGAGGAGAUUGAAACAGCCAAUGAAAUGUUGUUAGAAAGGACUAGAAAGCUAGGGUCCAAAAUCAAAGAACUCAUUGUUUCACCUAUUUAUUCUACCCUACCUUCAGAGAUGCAAGCAAAGAUUUUUGAGCCAACACCACCUAAUGCCAGAAAGGUUGUGCUAGCAACAAAUAUUGCAGAGACUUCUCUGACCAUUGAUGGCAUCGUGUAUGUGAUUGAUCCUGGCUUUUGCAAACAGAAGAGCUACAAUGCCAGGACUGGAAUGGAGUCCCUUGUUGUUACUCCAAUCUCAAAAGCAUCAGCAAAUCAGAGAGCAGGAAGAGCUGGGCGAGUGUCGGCUGGCAAGUGCUUCCGCCUCUACACAGCCUGGGCGUACAAGAAUGAGCUGGAGGACAACUCCAUUCCGGAAAUCCAGCGGACGAACCUGGGCAAUGUUGUGCUGUUGCUGAAGUCUCUGGGCAUCAAUGACCUUUUGAACUUUGACUUCAUGGACCCACCUCCCCACGAGACGUUGGUCCUGGCCCUGGAGCAGUUGUACGCCCUCGGUGCCCUCAAUCACAUGGGGGAGUUGACUAAACUUGGACGGCGAAUGGCAGAGUUUCCUGUGGAUCCCAUGAUGUCCAAGAUGAUAUUGGCGUCGGAAAAGUACAAAUGCUCCAAAGAAAUUGUCACCAUUGCUGCAAUGCUAUCUGUAAACAACGCAGUUUUCUACCGGCCUAAAGAUAAAAUUGUGCAUGCAGACACAGCCCGUCAUAACUUCUUCGUCCCGGGUGGUGAUCACCUGACCCUCCUGAAUGUCUACACCCAGUGGGAGGAGACCGAUUAUUCGACACAGUGGUGCUAUGAGAAUUACAUACAGCAUCGGUCGAUGAAACGGGCUCGGGACAUCAGGGAUCAGCUGGAGGGCCUGUUGGAGCGUGUGGAGAUUGACAUGGUGUCGAAUCCCAGUGACACCCAGGCUAUCAGAAAGGCUAUAACUGCAGGAUAUUUUUACCACACUGUCCGACUGACAAAAGGAGGGCAGUAUAAAACAGUUAAAUCCCAGCAGACGGUGAUGGUUCAUCCCAACAGUUGCCUGUUUGAAGAGCACCCGAGAUGGCUGAUCUAUCACGAGCUUGUCUUUACCACAAAGGAAUUUAUGAGACAGGUGAUUGAGAUUGAAAACCUCUGGCUGCUAGAAGUGGCUCCUCAUUACUACAAGGCCAAAGAUUUGGAAGAUGGCUCUGGGAAAAAGAUGCCAAAGAAGCAGGGAAAAGCUAAAGAAGAACUUGCCAGAAAUUACUAA